GUUACGUCAGACAUCAGCGUACGUUUCAUUUGCGCCGCCGUUCAUUGUGAAGUAAUAAAUCUGCGCUCAAACAUGAGUUUCUCAGUGGAAGUGAGGGGCAACCUGAACACUCUGAGCUACCGCUUGUUCUUCAAAAAUGCUGAAGGAAAGUACAUCUCACCAUUCCAUGACAUUCCAAUGUAUGCAGAUGAAAAUCAGAAUAUCUUUCACAUGGUUGUUGAAGUACCACGAUGGACAAAUGCAAAGAUGGAGAUAGCUACAAAAGACAGAUUGAACCCCAUUAAGCAAGAUGUGAAGAAAGGCAAGUUACGGUAUGUUGCCAAUGUUUUCCCCCAUAAGGGCUACAUUUGGAACUAUGGAGCCAUCCCACAGACAUGGGAAGACCCAGCACACAAAGAUAAAAUCACUGGUUGCUGCGGUGACAAUGACCCCAUUGAUGUCUGUGAAAUCGGCAGUAAGGUGGGCUCUCCUGGUGAGGUAAUCAAAGUGAAGGUACUUGGGAUCCUCGCCAUGAUCGACGAGGGUGAGACUGAUUGGAAAGUGAUUGCAAUCAACGUAGAUGACCCUGAAGCCCAAGACUUCAACAAUAUUAGUGAUGUCCAGCGUCUGAAACCUGGCUAUCUGGAGGCAACGGUGAACUGGUUCAGGAUGUACAAAGUACCAGACGGGAAACCAGAGAACAAUUUUGCUUUCAAUGAGGAGUUCAAAGAGAAGGAUUUUGCUGUUGAAGUCAUCAAGAGCAAUCACGUAUCCUGGAAAGACCUCAUUGAUCAGAAGGCAAAUGCCGGUGAAAUCAGCUGCAAAAACACGUGCAUUUCAGCUGCCGACAGUUCUUUCUCCCUCUCAGCAGAUGAAGCAACUGGUGAAGUUUAUAAAACACCUCCUUGUGGAGCAGAAGAAGCUAUUCCAUCAAUAGUGGACAAAUGGUGGUACUGUCAGAAGAAGUAAUGUACUGGAACAGAAGGCAAAGCUCCUCCUUUAAAGGCAUACUUGAAAAUGAAAUUUAUUUAGGAACCAAUAGACUGAUGGGAGUGACCAAAGCUGAGUCUGGGUUUGAAGCUUUUCUCACAGAUUGGGUUAGAUCAUGCAGAAGGGAGGAAAUGUAGAAAGCACUUACUGUGUGUCUUGGCUAAUAAACUUUCACUUAUUUAUCAAAUAUAGCUUGGUUUUCUGUUAAAAACCAUGCAGCUAGGUUGUUUCAUAGCUACAUAGGCCUGGAUUUUUACAUCACUCAGGUGUGGUUGUGGGCGCAGACACGCUGUCCAUGUUCCUGGGCACUCAUGGUACCUGCACACUUUGACCACAUAAACUCUGGAAAAAUAUAUUUUGUCAUCUCUGACUGUCACGUUUUGAUGCUCUAUGUGUCAGACUGUCAAACCCUUAUAAAGAGGUAAAUGAGUAGCUGCAUUUCCUGCACGUUCAAAUGUGACAGUUGCAUCAUUGUGUUGGUUGUGUUGGUCCUUGUGCUCAUUUGCACAUCAGCAGCUGUGUGUGAAAUAGAUACCAGGCCUUUGUCUCUGAAGUGAUUCAAUAAAGUGCUUAAAAA